UAAAUAGUUUAGUCCUCCUUAUUGUAAAUUAAUUUAAUUAAUUAGUUUUAGUAAUAGUUUUGCAACUAAUUAUGUCCGAAAUGUUUGUGUUGUCCUCAAUCGGUCCCUACGUUUGUUGUAACUGUGGUUUCGGUGACAAUCAAUCGGUAUUUAAGAUAUACGGCAACAGACAGAACAACGGUUCCGUAAUAAAUCCCGUUUUGAAGAAAAACACGACUCAUCUGAAGCUAACUGAAUGUCUUAAAUGUGGUCAACCGGUCGAUGAAUACGUCCAGUUAGACAAUUGUAUCCUAUUUUUAGACGCCAUUCUUCAAAAACAAAGCUUUUAUAGACAUAUUUUGCUGAACUCUGUCUUUGAUAAGAAAGUGCCGCUAAAGUUAGCCGUUGUGUUUGGUCUGUGCGAUGCCUACCGAAAGUGGUCGUCCAUUAAUGAGACGCAACACUACAAGUCAUAUAUUGAACUCGAGUUUAGUUUUUAUCUCAUUUUCACCAAAAGUAUAACCGAAAAUCUACUUUUCUAUUCAAUGCUAUAUUUACUCUUCACAUUGAUGUGCGGCUCAUCUAAACCGAAGAACUUAUUGUCGUCAUUCAUCAUCUGUUCGUACGGAAAGAUAUUUUCUUUACCGGCCAUUCUCUGGACACAAGAACUAAAACCUAUUAUCGAUCUAUUAUUAGAGGCAUUCCUAUUGAUAUCAUUAGUCCAAUGCUGUCGAGUAAAGGCCAACAAUAUGUCCAAAAUUAAAGCCAUUUUUAUCGUUGCCUUAACUCUUCUUUUACACCAAACAUUUCUUUACUCUUUCGAGACAUACUUCUUGAAACUUCAAUCUUAAGAACCGGAUUUGAUUUAUUUGUAGU